AGCCGAAGCCCCAAAAAGCAGCACCCAAGAAAGAAAAAGGAGCAAUUGGUAAGAAAGAGGAAAGAAAGGUAACAAAAGGAUGGAAAGGACUCAAAGGAAAAGAUGGAACCAAGCAAGAAGGUGCUAAAGAAGAAAUCCACCCUGAGAAUGGAGAUACCAAAACUAAUGAAGCACCAUAUGCUGAAGUGUCCGACAACCAGAAAGCCAAGUCGAAGUAG